AAGGAAGAAGAGAAGUCUAAUGUUUCGCGCGGAACCCUUCGACGGAGAGAAAAGCUGUAUUGGUGUCCGAAGGAUAAAAGAAGAUGAAACUGAUGCUGUACCAUUAAACAAUUCUGAAACCAAUACAGAGCCUGUAUGCUUUGAAACGUCCAUCAGUAACUCUGAUACAUUACCUAGUCUUAGUGAAACUCCAGAAACUAAAGCAGUGCCCAUAAUUAAUGAAAAUGACAGAAAUGAUGACGAUUCAAUACCCAAGCCUACAAAAGAAAGCCACAAUAAAAUAAGGGCAAUACCCAAAUCUAAUGAAGAUAGCGACAGUAAAACUGAUGCAGUACCUCGACCUUGUGAUUAUCCUAGCAAGAAUACUCCUGCCAUGUUGGUCCCUAAAAGAACUCGUAGCUAUAAUAUGCAAGCAACACUCCUUCCCAGAGAGGAUCCCAGAAAAGAAUUUGACCCAAGAUGCCAUAAAGAUGAUCUAUUUCACAACCAGCCAGACUCCUCUUAUAAUGAUCCUCAUUCAGAAGGAGCAAAAGCUCUAAACAUGUUUUCACAAUGCUCAAAUAUUAAUAUUGGAAUGAGCAAUGUAUUCAUUGGUAACGCUAAUGUCACAAAUGUAUACUCUUCAGAAGAUAGGAUAAAAUGCGUGAAUCAUAGGGAGAAAUUCAGCAAAUAUUUCAAGUCUAAUACAAUACUGACUGAGAAACACCUCAACAAAAUAUCCAUAUACUUAGGGAAUAAAUGGAAGCGUGUUGGUCGGGAUCUAGAAAUUAAAAACGCUGAGCUGGAAAACAUAGAAGCAAACAACCAAAAUAAUGUUGAAGAACAAAGUUUUCAAAUGUUAAACAGAUGGUUACAGAUUUCCAAGCCGGACACAUGUACAAGUGGCAAUUUAGCUAAUGCUCUCUUUGAGGCUGGAUGUUAUGAUUCAAUUCAAUUUUUACCAUUAGAGGAGUGAUUAUUAAAAAAAAAAUGUUCU